UCCAGGAUGAAGACCUACCUGUCGAUGUGCUGCGUGCUCGUCGCCGCGGUGAAGUGCUUCCCGGAGCCGGCGGUGACCGGCGGUCCGGGCUACACGCAGCUCACCGCCCAGCAGGUGAAGCACCUGCAGGGCAAAGGGUUCGGGGAGACGCAGCGGAGCUUCCGGCCCACCGAGGCCUACCGGCAGACCGAGGAGGAUUUCUACGAGGACGACGACGACAGUAAUGCUGAUGCCAGUCAGAAUCGAGCUGCGACCUACGUUAAUCAAAACUACCCCGUGCCGAUUCCGGUGAAGGCCACCGUACAGCCCAAUUUGAACUACCCCAUUCCGGUGAGAACCACCGUGGGGAAAGGGUACUCGACGCCGGUGCCGGAGAAAAGACCCCAGAAGCACUAUCUGAGACGCGGAGAAGAAUUACAGGCAAUUAAUAAACUAGAAGAAGAAAAAGAAGAAGAAGAACCGGACAGACUGAGCCUUCUGUUGCCGCAAACGAAAUUCAACUGUAACGGCAAGAACACCGGUUACUACGCCGACGAGGAGCUCGGCUGCGAGGUGUUCCACUACUGCCAGGAGAACGCCCGGCACUCCUGGAUCUGUCCCGAGGGAUUCACCUUCCACCAGGUCCACCUGAUCUGCAUGCCGCCCGGCGGCGACAACAUCUGCGACAAGUCGCACGACUAUCACUUCGUCAACGACUUCCUCUACAAGCCGCUCAACCUCGAGGAGUUCCAGCAGAAGCCCAACGUGACGCUGAGGUACUCGGACCGGUACUAUCCCGAGCAGUACAGGUCGAGGUACGACGAGGACGACGAUACGCCCGUUCACCACCAGCAUUCCGUACGUGUAACUAGUCAACCUCGUCAACAGUACCUCUCGCCUACGACGCUUAGACCCCAGCACGUGUACAGAUCGCCGGAGGAUAUAAAUAUUCCUCUGCAACAGCGGAGACCCAAUCACCAAUAUGUAACUGAUUAUUAG